GCAACCAAGCAGCCGCUGCAACAUACUGCAACUACUUUGCACUAGCAACACAACGCUCUGACUGAGCUCAUAGCCUUCGCGCCUGCCCGUCUUAACUAGUUGAUCGCCGCAGCAAUGGCCUCCACCAACAGCUGGACCCACGAGAUUGAGUCCUCAGUCGCGGCACCGCGCCUGUUCCGUGCCGGCGUCAUGGACUGGCACACUCUGGCACCCAAGCUCGCGCCCCACAUCGUCGCCAGCGCCCAUCCCGUCAACGGCGAAGGCAGCAUCGGCAGCGUCAGGCAGUUCAACUUUACCUCAGCCAUGCCCUUUAGCGUCAUGAAGGAGAGGCUAGAGUUCCUGGACGAGGAGAAGUGUGAGUGCAAGUCAACCCUCAUCGAGGGCGGCGGCAUCGGCUCGGCCAUCGAGACCGCAACGUCGCACAUCAAGGUGGAGCCGGCGGCCAACGGCGGGAGCGUCGUGAAGGUGGACUCGACGUACAAGCUGCUGCCAGGCGUGGAGGUGAAUGACGAAAUCACCAAGGCCAGGGAAUCCGUCACCGCCAUCUUCAAGGCCGCCGAGGCCUACCUCAUCGCCAACCCCGACGCCUACAACUGAAUCUGUUGAGAGAUAUCAUACAUGAUUAUGAUGUCCCUAGUUUGAAUUCCGUGUGUUUUCUUCCCGAUGUAAUAAAGCUGCUCCAAUCUCUAAGCUAUAAUAGUGACGCCGAGCGCGAGAGCACCGCCAGAGUGUGGACGUGAGAAGUUAAAAGGUUGAGUAUUUGUAACUACCAAAGGGUUCUGUUGUUUGAUGAUAUUGGUGCUUGCUUAUGUGAAAUACCUAAACACUCUUA